AUUCAGCUUUAGGGCAAGUUCAGGAAAGAACGGUACUACAGUCAAAGCAACGGAGUAUUGUCCUCCUUUGAGGACAUUAACAGGGAUGUUAAAAUGCCCAAACUUUUGUUUUCAAAGCUUCGGUUCUAUGAAAUUAAGGAUCUGAUGCAAAAUGUGAAGCGGCCCAGAAGAAUUGAUAUUGUUCUUAAUCGAAAGAGGCAUGAGAUGAACAUCCAGCGCCUCAUGGCACAAAAAAUAAAUGAUGAGACACAUUCUUCAAAACUCAGUUGGCACACUGACAAUAAACUCCACCCGACCCUGGAAAAAUUGCUACGGGAUAAAAAAUAUUUAGUAGCAUUCCGCACGUUCCUGCAGUCUGAGUUCAGUGAAGAAAACAUUGAGUUCUGGCUUGCAUGUGAAGACUUUAAGUUGAACACCUCGCCGGAUAACCUUUGCUGGAAAGCAAAGGAGAUCUACCAGGAGUUCAUCCAGCCUACAGCCUGUAGAGAGAUUAAUGUUGACCACUAUAUUAGAGAGAAGAUCAAGACGUCUUUGGAGAAGCCGAGUCUCUCAUGCUUUGAUGAGGCCCAGAAACAUGUUUACCUGCUGAUGGAAAGAGACUCUUGCCCCCGAUUUCUGCAAUCAGAUGCCUACCUGAGUCUGAAGCACAAAUCCAGGACUCUUUGGUACAUUUAGCUGAGAAACAAGGCCACUGUUGUCAACGCUGCUUUUUAAUUCUCUCUUUUUGUCUUUUUUUUCCUAUUUAGCUGAAUUGAAAAGUUAUUUCACAAAUUCACACUGUAUGAGAGGUGAGAGGUGAAGACAACGUAUUGAUGAAAUGUGGUGGAAAAUAAUAAAGCAGGACAAAUACCAUGAAAGAAAAGUAAUGUGAGUGGGAAAAAAAGAAUGUACGUAGGGGAGAAAAAAUUGAUAGGUUCUGAUAUACAGAACUUUAGAGAUUUGAUUGAAAUACUGUAUGUGUCAAGUGAAAGUCUUAGUAAGUUAAGGUGCAGUGUGCAGUAUAAUAGAUGAUGAGGGCAUGUGAAAAGGGCAAUGAGUUUUGACUUGUUGUUAUUGUUGUUAAAGUUAUGACUUUUGAUAUGAAAUGGCACUAUAUAAAUAAAAGUGAACUGAAUGGAAGCAGUA